AUGAAUGAUUCCUGUCAUGUUACUGCUGAUUCGAAGAUAAUUUUAUCUUUUCUCUUUAUUGGUUUCUUUUUAUCGAUAAUCGGUUGCAUACUUAAUAUUUGUUCAUGUUUACUUUUUAUUCGAACAAAAUCUCUUUUCAAAACACCUUAUGGUAUAUUUAUUAUUGCUUUAUCAAUAGUGGAUAUUAUUAAAAUCAUAGCCGAAUACUUUACUCAUCUAUUAUUUAUUUAUAUUCAACAUCCUUAUUUUGUUUGUUCAAUAACAUGGUUUUUAACAAUGACAAGUGAAAAUAUAUCAUAUGGAUUUCUUGGUGCAUUAGGUAUUGAACGUAAUAUAAAAGUAUGGACCAUCGGUCGUCGUUGGUUAAUAACUCGACAUCGUGCAUGUCUUAUAACAUUAUUCAUAAUCAUAUUUGUUGUAAUAUAUAAUCAUCCAUUUCUCUUCUGGCCAUUUGAAGCAUCUUUUUGUUAUUUCUUAUUAUUUAACCGUCCGACUGUAUAUACAUGUAAUAAUGCAUAUUAUCAUGCAUAUGGUUUUUCAUUCUCAUUAACAAAUCUAUUACUUAUUGAAAAUAUCGGUUUAAAUAAUGUAAUUCUACCAAUAGUGAUUAUUUGUACAAAUAUCAUACUAGUUAUUGGUUUAAGACGUCGUAGUUAUCAACGUCGUCGGUUCUUAGGGACAAAUAAGACUAGUGAUUGGAGAGAACGAAGUAUUCUUCUUUACAUGCUUCUGUCGAGCAUAGCUUUUGUUAUAUUAACUUUACCUGUUGGUAUAUUGGUUGCUUGGGGAAUAGCAGUUGAUGAACAAAUACCCACAAAUAAUCUUGUCAUUAUAUUUGAUUUCAUGGAAAUAGUUCAUCAUUGUUCACAUUUUCCAAUUUUAUUAAUGACAAGUUCAAGAAUUCGCCGAAAAGUUCUUCAAAAUCAUAAACAAAGAUCAAGUUUAUCAUGGGGAAGUCGAUCAUUUCGAUCUCGUUCUCAAACGCAAUCAACCAAUCAAGAUGAUACAUGUCUAUCAAAAUUUUGUUGUAUACUUGAUUGA